AUGAUUAAAUUUGCACUUCCACAAAUAAUGAAUGCUUUAUUCUCUAUUUUAUGCAUUGCUUACUUAUAACUUAGAGGAUAAAUAGUAAAUUUGCUUAUUCCUUAAAUAAUAUUUUUAGCUUUCGGAAUGGCAUUUAGUUUUGCUGCAAUAAGAAAAACAGCCAAAAAUGUUUUAUGUAACUAUUUUACUAAUUAAAACUUUAAUAGAAAUUGAUCAUUCACCAAUGUUUUUUACAAUUUUAUUGCUUCUCUAAUUUGCAAGUUUAUUGUAUUUAAGUAAAGAGAAUUUAUCUGAAAAUCUAAUUUGUUUAUUAUUUGGAAACAUGCUUUCGCUUUAGAAAUUAAAAUCAAAUGAAAAAAAUGAAAGAAGACAAUUUCUCAAUAUCAAAAUAAUGCUUCAAGCUUUAUCAUUAUUAAUCAUAUUCAUAGUUAUUGUUUUAUUUAAAAAUAUAUCUAAUAACUUAGAAUAUUUAAUUAUCGCUUCUAUCCUAAUUAUUAUAGUUUGUUUAUAUGAAUUUCUCUAAAAUAAUUAUAAGUAUUAAGCUUCAUAAACUGAAUAAACUUAAGUAAUAGUCCCAAGAAGAUAAAGUGUUUUAAAUUAAGCAUAGAUUCCUUUAUAAAAUGCAUAAGGUAUAUUGGAUAAAUUUAAUGAUUAAUAAUUUUUUAUUAUUUCCUACCGUAAUAAUGAUAUAGUUGUUGAAAAGAUGAGUUAAUUUUUAAUUUAAUAACUAAAAGAGAAAUGUUUAUCAAUUGAAGAAUAUAUGAAAAAGAUCCAAUUAUUCUAGAUUUCAUAUGAAAGUGAACACAUUUUAACUAACAAUAUGCUUGAGAUAAAAAAUGCCAAUCUUUAUUCAUUCAUAAGAGAUUAAAUAAUGGAAGAAAAACAAAGCGCUGUAAUGUAAAGGAGAAAAUCUCAAGGUAAUAUAAACGAUGAUUAAUAACAACAAAAAUUAAUAUCUCCAUAGAAUGAAUAGAGAUAAAGAUUAUAAUCAAUCUAAAGAAAUGAUGGAAAUUUAUAGAAGUGUAAUACCUUAAAUUUAAAUAAUAGUUCUUUAUAAGUAACAAUAUAUAUUAUUUAAGUAUAUAGAUAAAGAGUUUUUAUCUGCAUCUGUUAUGAGAUAAUUUGAUAUUUUCUUCGCAAAACCUCAAGAUAACAACAGCUAAUAAAUGGCAAACAAAAAAUAACAAUUAUAUGGAAUAAUUUAAAAUGAAAAAUCAAUCUAUAAGAAAAUGCAAAUUAGUAGUUGGAAUUAAGGUUUAAUCAUUGAAAUUGAAGAUGAUUCAAUAGAAAAUAUAAAAAUUCAAAUGAAUAAUAUACAAAAUGGUUACAAAUAAGAAGUCACCCAAAAAGAGUCAUAAAAAUUGUCUUCAAUGUUGAAUGAUUUUUCAUAAAAAUUUCGCAAAAUGUACAAUGGUUAAAAUAAAGAGGAUAUUUUAUUAUGUUAAGCAUAAUCAUAACUAUAUAUUUUAGAAUUGGGAAUUAAUAAUUUCAUUUAUUUUUUGUCUGAUGGAAUGCCUUUUCCAAAACAAGACUCAGUUAAUGUUAUUUCAUUUUUAAAAUCUAUCAAGGCCAAAUUUAUUUAAGAUACUACUGUACUUGAAAAAAUGAUCGAAAUAAAUAUUUCAGAUGAUUUGAAUAAUAAAAUGAUUACAACCGAUAUUAGAUAUCUUAAAUAAAUUAUUGUCAAUUUAUUAAUUAAUAGUAUCAAAGCAUAUCGAAAGCCAGAUAUAUCAAAUGCAAUUUAUAUACAUGUAGGUCAAACUCUUAAUGAUGAAUUUAAAUUUGAAAUAAGAGAUAAAGCUAGUGGAUUUGCUUAGCCACUAGAUUUCAAAAGUAAAUAAUUUUAAAUAUUAAUAGGAGUGCGUGAAGGAAAAUUGGGAAUAUUUAUUGUUUAAAAGUUGUUACCAUACAUUUCCAAAAAUCCAUAAUUAUCUAUUAAGACACUACAUUUUGAAAAUUCAUAAGUAGGAACUUCCAUAAGUUUUGUACUUCCAAGAUAAUUAAAUCUUUUCACUAAUUCAUUACAUAAUUCAUCAAACAAUAUCCUUUAAUAAGAGAGUUAUAAAUUAGCUUAAAUUAUGUAAUCUUAACUAAUAGCUUAAUUAUAGGAUUAUAUUUGA